AUGAAGACCCAACUUGAGAACCUGGGUCUGGAUUACCAGGCGCCCGCUUUUCGCGGCAGGGUGCCCUCUCGCUCGAAGAAAGGUGCUUCGAAGAGAGGAAAGAUCAAGUCUUCCUCCACCGGAGCAGCGACUCAGGUUGAAGCGGAUGCGCCUGCCGCCUCGGCAAGCAAAGGAAAGGGGCGUUCAAGCCCACGAAGGAUCAAGCCUCAGAAAGUACCAAGCGCCCCUCUCGUAGAGGAAGAGAGUGUUCCUGCUAGCUUUCAACCAGAGGAGGGGGCGCUUGCUGUUGACGUUCCCUCUGUUCCCGAGUUGGAUAUCGAUGACGUCCUCCUUGGGCAAAAACUCAGGAGGAAGGUCGAAGGUGAUGCCUCGGCGCAGAGCAAGAAGCAGCGCACAAGCGCGGAGGCGCAAGUGUCAGAGUUCGUGGAAAAGUGGCUGCAAUCGCCCAUGCAUAGGGUCGAGAUUGCCUUUUCGGACAGAUCUGCAUUGGAGAGGGGCCCUGCGCUUGGGUUUGCCUUUCACGCAGCCCAGGUUCUGAGGUCGCCUAGCGACGUUCAAGUAUGCGCCUAUCUUGCCUACUUCCCUCUCGACUUGUGCACGUGUUACUGA